GCUUCGGCGCCUUCUUUCCCCGUUCGCGCUGGUCUCGAUCAGAUGGAGCGCCUGCGGGCCGGGAGAGCCAUGCGGAUCAUCACCGUCACAGCCAUCGUGCUCGGGCUCCGCCACUGCGCGUGCUUCACUGAGAGUGUGCGUGCACUGAGCCACAUAGAGCGGUCCAAUGUAGUGAGACUCCAGAAACUGAGCAGCCGGAGCCGAAGAAGCACCUCCAACCAGGAACCAUUUGUGGAACCAGGCAGCCAAGAAAAGUAUCCGGAGGAACUCUGGUAUCAUUUGUACUCUGAUGGAAUUAGUCAUAGACUUCAUUUGGAGAAGAACAGGUUUCUAGUUGGGCUUAAUUACACUGAAAUAUAUUAUAAACAGGACGGUUCGAUUGUGAACGCGUAUCCAAGACUUGAGGACCACUGUUAUUAUCAUGGCCGUAUUGACGGUAUGGAGGACUCAUCAGUCAGCGUUGGCGUCUGCUCUGGAAUGAGAGGUUUUGUUCGGGCUGAGCAGCAGUUGUACCUCAUUGAGCCUUUGAGUGACAGCACUGAGGGAGACCACGCCUUCUACAAGCAAGAAGACCUGAAGAUCAAUGCAAAAGAGCCAGCUAGCACCGUUUCUGACAGCGGAUCCAGAGCAAGUCUUUUCAAACGCAGCAACUGGUCUGCAUUUCGAACUCCGAGAUAUGUGGAAAUGUUUCUUGUGGUGGACAAUGCUGAGUACAAAAGUUUGGGCUCAGACACAGAUACGGUCCAGAGGAGGAUGCUGGAAGUUGUAAAUCAUGUUGAUAAGCUGUAUCGUCCACAUAACAUCCGUGUGAUGCUGGUGGGGUUAGAGGUGUGGAGCAUCAAAGACCAGAUCUUGGUCAGUGUGAGUUCUGAUGAUACACUUAGCAGGUUCAUUAAUUGGCGCCGGGACAGCCUGCUGAAAAGAGUCAAGCAUGACAAUGCACAGUUUGUAACUGGAAUUGAUUUUUUAGGUGAAACUGUGGGGCUGGCAAACAAAUUUGCUAUGUGUGCUGUUGGCUCUGGAGGAAUUAAUCAGGAUCACAAUAAAGAUCCUCUGGGAUUGGCUGCAACCAUUGCACAUGAAAUGGGCCAUAACAUGGGCAUGUCUCACGAUGCACAGCACUGUACCUGCGGCCAGUUUAACACCAACUGCAUCAUGACUGAACGAGUGGGUAUCACAAAGUUUCCGCAGCUCUUCAGUGACUGCAGUCUAAAUGAGCUGAGUGUGUUUCUGGAGAACGCCAACCCAAGCUGUCUGCUGAACCUCCCCCGCUCAGAUAAACUGUAUGGGGGACCCGUCUGUGGUAACGCUUUCCUGGAUCCCGGCGAGGAGUGUGACUGUGGAAGUGUGGAGGAGUGCAAGAACCCAUGCUGUAGUGCCACCACCUGCAGACUUACGGAAGGAUCUCAGUGUGCGGAGGGAGACUGCUGUGAAAACUGCCAGAUAAAACAAGUUGGGAGUAUUUGCAGAGCUUCCGCGAACGAGUGUGAUCUAUCUGAGUACUGCACAGGGCUGUCAGAGAAGUGUCCCGAAGAUAGCUUUAAAAUAAAUGGAGUUCCCUGCAGCUCUGGUGACAGUUACUGCUUUAAUGGCCAAUGCCCAACUCAUCUCCAGCACUGUCAGCGGCUGUGGGGAGAAGAUGCCAAAGUGGCUUCAGAUGCCUGCUUUUUCAGGAAUACCUUUGGGAGAAAUGAUUCCCAUUGUGGAAGGACUAAAGACAGCUACAGAUCCUGUGCAAAACAAGAUAUGCACUGUGGAAGCAUAUUUUGCAUUGGAGGGAAUAAGCUCCCUAUUACUGGUUUGAAAGCCACCCUGGUGAUGCCCAAAGGAUUGUGCAACAUGGUAGGGGAGCGGUCAGAGGAAGAUAACCUAAGCAUGGUGCCUACGGGGACAAAAUGUGGACAAAACAAAGUGUGCUUUGAUUACAAGUGCCAAGAUGUGAAAGUGUAUGGUGUUCCUGAAGACUGCUCGUCAAAAUGCAACGGUCGUGGGGUCUGUGAUCACCGACAGCAGUGCCACUGUGACCCUGGAUGGGCUCCACCAUACUGUGGUACCAGCUAUGCUGACUUGACUUCUGGAAGAAACACUGUCAUUGGUGUCUCUGUCGCUGUGGGAGUCUUGCUGGUACUUGCUGUAGCAUUUGGAAGUUGGAUUUAUUGUAAAAAGUCAAAGAAAACUGGCUCCACUUGUAAAAUGAAAACUCAACCUGGUCAGUUAAAUCCUCUGUUUGAGAUCCCAAGAGCAAAAGGAAGCUUUUUAAAGGACCGUCCCCAGAUCAGCCAACCUACUUUCAUUGAAUCAACUGCAACCCCACCCAGCACCCCCCUUACAGUACGAAUUGCCCCCACACGCCCACCCCCACAGCCUCCUAAAAAAGUGGAACAGCAGUCACAUCAGCUGCCUCACUCCAUUUCUUCGCUCACACAGAUGAAGCCUGUACCCCCAACUAAGCCUUUGUGUCCUGGUGAUGUGAAACAGGUAAAUCCCCCUCUGCCUCCAGUGAAGCCAGUCGUACCAGCUGCGUCGUGGAGGAAGCCACAGACUGUGGGAGAAGAUGAAGUCAAAAUUGCACUGAGGCCUCCCAACAUGCCAAGAAGAUGACUGGGGACGGAUCAUCGUGUAAAUCAGCAGGGGACUUUUCUGUCUCUUUAUGACUAAUGACAGCACUGUGGAUUGUAUCUUUGAUGACGCAGCGUCUGAGUCCAUGUACCAGCUCUCCAGUGAAGAGCAGAACUGCUCUGAAUAUGCUUGAAAGGUUUUUUAUACCCAGUUACACUUGAAUUCAUAUUUAUGACAAAUGCUGUUAAGCCAUGGUCACAUCAGACUUUGGCAUGUCCAUAUAAUAUUUGUGAGUGGUUUUAAUGGGAUGAAUCUAAAGGUAAUGUUCAGUGAACAGGUAACUAGUGAGCUGGUGACAAGCACCAUUAUGUUCACUGAGGAGCACUUUUUCCACUGUGAUAAAGAACAGAACGCAAUGCAUUUUUUAAACGAGUUACUUUCAAAGCGAAUUACAGUGUUUCUGCAUUGAACAUUGCUUUAGACAACAGCUCUCAUGUUGUUAUGAAACUACUGUCUUGACAGUCAGCGGAACACUUUAAAAGCCUCAUCAAAUAAGUGCCUUGUAAUGCCUGUGUUAUGUGAUGUUAUGUGUCCACUUCAUAUUAUUUGUGCAUUAAAAUAUUGUCUAACGUUG